UGCUCAGCAAUUGUUCAUCUCCCUCAUCAUGCUAUUAUCAAGGGAAAGCAAAGCUUUGUUUUUGCUUUAUCUACUUGUCUCAGUUCAAGCUGUCUAUGGUGACGAUCAACUUAAAGUUGAUGCCCAUUGGAAAUGUGAAGUUAAAGAAGUGUGCCCUAAAGAUUGCAAAAGAUAUAAUGGCACCAGCACUUUUGAGAGUAUCCUGUCAAAAGGUUAUUCUGUUUUAAAGGUGACCAUAGGUGGAACAGUAGUUGUAGUGGCAACCCCAUAUAUAUUGUAUUUACUAGGAUUUACUACUGUUGGGAUUGCUGCUGGUUCCAUAGCUUCCUAUUUGAUGAGUUACCUUGCACCCACAGUAGCAGGUGGAUUAGUUGCUACACUACAGUCUAUUGCAGCUAGUGGGAUAUCACUUGCAGGUAAAGUGUUGUUGUUUGGUGCUGGUGGAUCUUCUGCCGCUAUCUUGGAUUGGCUUAAUAGUGAUGACGAGGCUCUUAAAAAUCAAUGCUGUUGUCCUACAUGAUCUAGCAAUGAUAACUUUCCUUUUGUUGCUAGAUACUUGAGUUUUCCUUUAUUAUGAUUAUUUUUGCAUUUUGACUUGUUCAAAGUAUUAUAGAGUAUAUACAUCUAUCAAUGUGUGUACACAUACUUGAGUUUGUUAGUCUAUUUCAAUUGAUUGUUAUAAUGGAUAUUCAUUUCUGAUUCU